GUUACCAGGGACGCCGCCAAAGGGCCCAGCUGCGAGGCACUCCGUGCUGAGACGCCCGGACACCCGCUCACCCGGACGCCGACACCGCACCCUGACACCUCUCACCGGCCUGAGGUCGCCAUGGGUUACUGCACUGGCACAUUACAUACAAUCUACUGUAUACUGUAUGAGAGUUAGUGUAUCCCGAGGUAUCUGUAGAACUUACAUGAAGAUAUAAAAGACAAAAUGAGAUGAUGUCCCUGGCUGCGGUGUGCUUUGUCCAUCAAUGUCCGCCCGGGACUCAUCUGGGUCCCCCUCCCGGAGAUCAAGUAGUAAAGAGAAGAAAACAGGGAGUGCAAAGGGAAAAGAGAAGGACUCAGCAGCGUCCGCACAGGACUCCUCCAGGUCUCCCUCCCGGGGAUCUUCACGGAGAUCAAAGAGCAAGGACAAGAAAUCUGGGAGCGCAAAGAGAAAAGCCAAGGACUCCACUAGGAAGCAUGAAGAGUCUCCAGCAUCGGCCGUCUCAGGUCAUCCGGAAUAUAUCAUUCCCCUGGUUCUAACCUCAAAGACGCAGGAGAUUUUCCACUGUAAAGCUGAUGAGGACGUCACCCAGGACAGCCCAAUGAUACUCCUGCAGAAAGAAGAGCUCCUCAGUGACCUGAAGAGCAGAGCUGCCGUUUCCGACUUCAGCCCCUUCAAGUCUGUGAUCACGGAGUACCCAGGAGAGGAAUUGCUGCUCGUCUUCGACAGCGAGUUCCGAUAUGGUCAGAACUUUUAUCUGGUUGUAACAGAAGAAGCCAAAGAGUCACUUCUGCAUCCCCCAGAACCUGUCACCGAUGAAGAGGAUAAGGAGGAAGACGCGGGGGAUUACACCUACUUGCCUCCCGUCUCCAAACCCUGGAUUUCUCUAGGCAGUGAGCUGGAAAUUGAAGAUGAAAUGGUGAAAGAAACCCAGACUAAGAUCAAAUUCAUGAUUUCGCGAGUACACAGAGAGUUUGGCUCACACAUUAGUUUCGGUGAUUACAACGCAUCAGACGUGAAAGACGGGUACAUGGAGUGCACAUCUUACCAAGACAAGCGCUUCAGCAUUAGACCUAAAGAAAGAGAGCUUGGGAUCCAGGUGGUACCAUUAAUACAGGAACAGAGCACCCAGACCAAGUGGACGUACCCGCAGAACGCCUGCACUCAGUACACGCCACGGGAAUUCUCAGAAGAGGAAAAACAAGAACGUCUGUCUUCUAAAGAGCUCAAGGAAUUUAUCAACUCUGUGUCUUUAAGGUUGGAGUUAGCGCUGCAACAAAACGAAAUCCUGAAUCCCUUUGUUGAUGACUGGAAAGCGUUGUCUGAACAGGAGAGCACAUUUGGUGGCAAAGCCGAUUCUCACCUUAAGGAGUAUCAAUCCUUCACGGACCACCAGUUUGGCAGUGAUAAAACCAUCAGCUGUAUAGACUGGCACCCAACUCUUCAUGGUAUAGUGGCGGUGUCGCUAAUGGAACGACUUUCAUUUGAAGACCGGGUUAACCUUUCUUCUAAGCUCAUCUUGAAGCCAUCGCUGAUUCUUAUUUGGAAUCUCCUUGACCCCAUCCAUCCCCAGCUGACGCUGGAGUGUCCAGAUGAUAUAUACUGCUUUCAGUUCUGUCCCAGUGACCCUGCGGUCAUCGUUGGAGGGUGUAUUAAUGGACAGGUUGUACUCUGGGACAUCUCUGCAUACAGCGAGCAACUAACCGCUAAAACCAGUGUCACCAAACACGCCGGCCCAAAGACCGCACUGGAACCCAAGCACUCCAGCCAGCCGCAGUGUGUGAGGUACUGCGCAGUGUCAUCCAUAGAACACGGACACAAGAGUGUGAUAACAGAUGUGCACUGGCUGCCUGACCUGUAUGAGAUCACCCGGACCGGACAGCCGUAUGAGAAUAAGAGUGGAUGCUGCAUUCAGCUCGUCACCUGCUCUCCUGACUGCUCUGUAAUGUUCUGGGACAUCCGAUCACAUAAGAUGAACAUGCAGACAGCGACCAACAGGAAGCUAGCGGAAGAGAACAAGCGUGAGAUCCCUUUCGGUGUUCCGGACACUUUCCAGCACCUUGACCUUAUCUGGAGGCCUCUUAUUAAGACCUCAAUUUCCAAGCUUGACGCAGGAGGAGAAUACAGCCCCAUUAAAGUCAGCCUGAGAGAGGAACAUUAUCACAGCAGGACUCUGGACAAACUGAAGGCCCAGGUCAAAGAGGAGAAGUCUGAAGGGGCAAUUAACUACAGAAGUUUAAGAGCCACUUCAGCCAAAAACGCCAAAGUCCUGGAGGACGUCAGCACUCAUUACUUUGCAGCAACUGAAGAUGGGGCGCUGGUGUAUACAGACUGGAAGAUGGAGAAAGACGGGGAUACGGGACGGCUUAUCAGUUCUAAACCCACACAGGCGCACGUCAUACAUGACGGCCUCGUCCACACCGUGCAGAGAUCCCCGUUUCUGAAGGACAUUGUUCUCACCGUAGGAGGCUGGAACUUCGCCAUAUGGAAAGAAGGCGUCACUGGCGGACCGCUCCUCCAGUCCUGCUGCUCCCAGAAAAGACUGACCGCCGCCCACUGGUCCUUUUCCAGAGCUGGGGUUUUCUUCAUUGGGAAAGAAGACGGAAACGUGGACAUAUGGGACUUACUCGGGAAGACGCACGAGCCCUCCCAGACCCAGAACAUCUCUGCAGCAGCCAUCACUUACAUUAAGCCGGCCAUUGUCUCAGCAAAGCAGCAUUUCCUGGCUCUGUCUGAUGACAAUGGGACGCUUCAUGUCUUGGAAAUCCCUUGGACCUUACAUCACCCCUCUGUGAAUGAGAACGCCAGUGUCCAGCAUUACUUUGAGAGGGAAGUGAAACAUUUGGAAUAUUAUGAACAGCGAAAAAGCGCCAGAGCAGCUGAGAAGACGGCGCUGGAGCGGAGAGACCUCAGCAAGAAGGCUGAACUCGUGCCGCCGGUGAAAUCAAAAGAACAGCUGACCGAGGAGACAAACCAGGAAUAUGCAGCGUACGCGGUAUUUCAGGACGCAACUCUCACGGGACUUGGGCUGAAAAGCGAAGAAGUGACUGUGAAAAGCUGAUUAUUAGAUAUAUAUAUAUAUAUCUCUAUGACGUGGAUGUCUGUAAUUUGCGCUUGGAAUAAACGUGAGGCUGUUGCGGUGUACAAUG